AAUUUUGCCUGUGGUUGCCAGUUUCUAAGCUGUGCAUUGCAUAUUCUAUAGCAAAAAAAAAAAAGAAAGAAAGCUGUUUAUUCAUUUAUUCAUUCCUUCAACAAACAUUUAUUGAGUACCACAUCAUGACUGGUGCUAUGGAACUUUCAAGGAUAAAUAGUACAUUGCACUCAGAGAACUGAGUCUGGUGGGUGUCUCACCCUAGCCUGGAAAAUAGAUCCAUACUCAUAGUUCAAUUAUGCCCAGUAUGUUUAUAGGCUUCAAAUCAACUCUCACAGUGCAGUCUGUCACCUGACCUUCAGUAAAUCUAGUUUCCUUCCAAUAGGAUCUAUCAAUAAACUCAGCCCAUUUGUAUCAAUGUGAAUACAUGUUCAAAGCAUAAUAGUGAGAAAAAAAUUAAAAACUUGCAAAAAAAUAUGCAGAAUGAUUUUAUGUGAAUUUCUAAGGCACACAAAACAAUAGUAUAUGUUAUAGAAGCAUCCAGCUGUAGGAAAAGUGUAGAAUCCUCCACAGCCGAAGGAUAACGACACUUGCUUGAGAGGGGUGCUUGCCUCUGGGGGAAGAGGGAGGGAAAUGAGAUGGAGAUGUUGGUCUCUAGUUGUAUCUGCAACACUUUAUUUCUUCAAGAAUAUCUGAUGCAAUUUCAACAAAAUGUAAACAUUUGUUGCAUCUUGAUGACGGAUACUUAGGCAUCCCAUAUUUUCUCCAUCUUCCUGCCUACAGUAGUUUCCAUAGAUUAUAAAAAUAAAAUAAGAAUGUAAAAAAUCGGCAUGACUAAAUUAGAUUUUUUCCCUUUAUUUCUAAGGGAAUGGCUUUUCUAAAUUUCACCAUUGCUUUAGUGGCGCUAGCCUCCCAGACUGAAAUUAUUUAAAUUGUCCGUCUUGUUCAUCCCCAGUGGCUAACCCAAUCUAUUACCUAUGAAAUCUACCUUCAAAACGUCUCUUUCUGUUUUUAUUGUAUCGUUAUGUGUCAUCAUUUCAACCUCUGCUCGCUGGCACGGUGGCCGCCCAACUCGCUGUUCCAUGCAGUCGUCCUGCAUCCGUUGACUUCUGCAUGUGAAGGGCUUUCGUCCCUGUUCUCUCUGAGCCUGUGGACCUCAGGUCACUGCAGUCUGUGUCCAGUCCUGAGCCCAGUAGGCCACUCCAGAUGCCACCCAAUGCUGGAUGUUUCAGUUCAAGGUUUGGUCCACAGAUACUUACCUUGUUUUUAAGUGUGGCUAUGCCCCCUUCAUUUUGUUUUAAAUUUUCAUUGCUAUGUGUUUGGCAUGAGUGGGAGGAAUUCUGUGUGUACUCAUGCCACAGUCCACUGCAUUGCAGUGAUAUUUUGGGCGAUUAUCUUGGAUGGAGUAUACAGUAGAUCGGUCAAAUUCUUAUAGCAAGUAGUUUCUUCCCUUAGGUCCAGUGUGGACUGGCAGUUUCUUGUUUCAGUGUCCUCUUCAGCAACAUCAACGCUGACACGCCAGAUUGAAGCAUGUAGAAACUGAGGAAAAGGUGAUAUUGAGAUGAAGCUUCUGUUCUGUACAUCAGCUUAAUAAAUGAAGGAAUUGCCAAUCCAGAGAUGUUAGAUUGUUCACUGAUUCUGUUGCCAAAAUUAGUACUCACUCUGGGUGAUAUUUUCAGGAGAUUUGUGGGCUGGUACAAAGAAUUGCUAAAUAUCCUGUGAAAAAUUGCUAAGUAUUCUGUUCAGCUUACUGGGGCACCUAAAGUUUAUAAGUGCCUAAUUUUAACUACUUGGUGUUUUCGCCAAAAAUAGAUGUUUGGAAAGUGAAGUAGUAAUUAGAUUGAUUACAUAUUAAUACUUGUGGGGAAAAGAUUUUUUUUUUAUCCCCUUUUAAAUUUAGCAACAGGGAAAAUUGUUUGUGGAGAAUGAGAGCCUGUGAUCUAGGAAUCAGUGUCAAGGAAGCCAAGGAUUCCGCUUUUACCGUGAGUGGCAAAACCGUCGCACAUUCGCUGGCUACAGUUUUUCUGGCACAGAAUCGUUGUGAGCACAAGAGAAUUUAUCACGGAACAACCAAAUAAGAACACUUUUGUAUUGGAGGUUCUUUAGAUAGUCUUCUUUACUUUUGGAAUCUUUCCAGUAGAGCAACUGGCAUUCCUGCUUUACAGAUCAAACAAACUGGAGAUGAAACCCUGCAGCCAGUCGCAAAAUCCUCAUUUGCACCUUUCUGCCGUCUGUGAGGUGUCCACAGCACUGAAGAAAGACCCAAGUAGGCGUCUCUGGAGUGGAAAUCUUUCAUCUGAUCCUGAGAGGAAAGGCUAGACUCCUCAUUAGUCCCGUCAGCCUUGGCCAUGGUGGGCAGAGCACAUGGAGAGAGAGAUGGCACAGCAGCCUGCAGCACCCGCUGUGCAGAGGCCCCCGCUGGGCGACUCUGCCCGUGGACACCCACACUAACCGCCCAGUGCCCGCUGCCAGCCUUCCAACUCUUGUUUUCUCUCUCCCUUGUGUUAGAUUCCCCAUGACAACAAACCACUAUCGCUGAUAAUUCCUUGUUUCCUCCAUAGCUCCCACUAUAGGACUCACAUUUUGGAGUGAUGGAACAAGAAUUUGUUGCACAUGCUUUGAAUUUUAUUAAGAAAACUUCUCACUUUUCCCAAAUGGUGGAAUACUUCUCUUCCAUUAAAUUUAAACGUACUACGCAGAACCCCAUUUGCUUCCUAGUAUUUAAAUUUUUCUCACAAUAAUUUUCAGAUGCCACAACCUCUGCUGAGAAAACUCUCAAAUGUGGUGUCAUUAUAGCAGGAAAUGGGUCUACACAGCCCCACCUGCUCCCUUCCUGAUUCUAGUAUUUUUUCCUUAAUAAAAACAAUGUAUUCAGAAGUGAUGGAUGAUAUUAUUUAGUUUAGAAAGAAGCAGCGAAAGUUCCCCCUCUCUCCUCCUUAGUGUUAUGUCCAUGGAGAUUUCCGCCAAGCGAAGGAAUUUUUUUCCUCAUCACCCAAUAUUGUAAAAUUCUACUUCACAUGUCGCCCUCGUGCUAGGGAACGGUUACAGAUACGAUCCUAACAUGCUUGUUUGCUGUUUCCCCAAUUAGUCGUGGUGUAUUAAGUGAAUAAAAUCUUCUGAAGUCUUUUGGCAGCUGUUUUUGCUGAAGUGCUCUUAUCUAUGCUAAAAGAUCAAUAAUUGUGAGUAUUCUGAUUUGGAAAUAAAGAGAAAUGGAGAAUGUUGGUGGGGAGGGAAGCUAAAUGACAGGGUUAGGAAACAGUCCUUAGAGCAGAACACAAAAGCUUCAGAUUUAGGAAAUAAUUGAAAUUUUGCUGAUGCCUCUCCCCGAACCUCCAGCUCUCCUGGGCUCUGCAGAAGAUUCUAGGAUGUGAAAUGAAUCGAGGAUCAAACCUGCUUUAGGAUAAUCCUUUCAUCUAUGGAAUGUGAAUGUAAGGAGAUUAAUGGAUACCAUGAAUUGACAUGACGCUCUAGGUUUCUUAUUUUGGUGCUUAAUAUUUCAGAGUUGCUAGACCACUGAUUGACUAGGCAGGGUGGAAUCCCCUAAAACUACAAAAUAUGUGCGUCCUGAUGGGAAAUGAAUGCUCUAGCAGGAGGGCCUAACACGUUUAGGGAAUACAUACCAACACAUAGUAGGCGAUAAUAAUAGCUACUCACGACGUUGACUGAGCUCUUUCAAUGUAUAUUAAGCAUCAUUCUGAGUGUCCCCAUCUUAUCCCCUUUAAUCCCACCACAGACAGGGCCGUGAGUUGGGUGUUAUUACCAUGCCCCUUUUAAACAUGAGGAGGUCUGGGGACAGGGAAGCUAAGUGGUUUCCCCGAAGUCGCGCUGCUAGAUUUGAAUGUGGUCCGUGUGGAACCAGAGCACCACACUGUUACCUGUCUACAUUUACAGUAAAUAUUUGCUGGAUAAAUGAGGGGUAGUAGUUUGAGGGAAGAGUUUAGUCCUCAAGUGUGUUGGGGUUGCCAGUUGGGUUUGUAGAAGAACGUUGCACAACAUUGCAAGAACCUGAUAAUCUAAAAUAUUCCAUACCCAAAACUAGAAAACACAAGGGUAGCACCAGUAUAUGUUUGUGCUCAUUGCAAACCACGUAUCAAAGCUCAGAGAGAGCAUCUUUGAUCUGUAAUGUCCUAUGCAUUUCAAACUUUGGUUUCUUCUCCAAUUCUUUCUUGAUAAUUAAGAUCAACCUGUGGUCUAAACCCCUGAAUAGUGAAUAACAGUGACCAGUAUGUAUAAGCUAUCCUUCAAAGAAGGUAUUACUUGUCUGGUGCUUGAGAUAAUGCGUGAAGUAUUUCCAUUCAGCCCUUUCUACUGAGAAAACUUAAGUUGCAUCUCCCAGACUGUAUUCUACUAAAAUUCAAAUUCCAAAACAUAACACGUGCAAAGCUUCAUCUUUGAGGGCUCAAAAUUUCCUCAGCAUCAGACUGACAACAGAUAAGAUAAUUUCUCUCUAGUAAAAUACACUUUAUUUGCUUACUAAAUUUCUUGGGCAAAACCCAUGAGAGUAAUGAAUAUUUCUGUUCUGAUGCUCCUUUUCUCCCUCAAGCAUCCUGAGAUAUAGCUGGCAUAGAUGUGCUUUGGCCAGUAAGGUAGCCCAUUGGCCAGAGGACCCAAUAGGCUUUUAAAAGCACGAGUCCAUCAAUGACUUCACCUGGGGUACCGAUCUCUGGUGCUGCACAGGUGGGGCAGGCUCCUCUCACUUGGACUUGGGGCCCACCAUCAUGGGGCCCAGGGACGGGGUGGCCAGGAAAGCCUGUGCUUGUUCACUCAGCUGUUGUUGGGGGAAGACAGGCAGAGAGUGGAUGCUGGGACGUGGGCGAAAGAUAUAAAACUUUGAAGCUUUAAGUCUCAGAUCUGUCGCUCACUGGAUGUAUUCCCUGGGAGCACUCUAAAAGCUUUCUGAGGCCCAGUUUUCCCUUUCUCUAAAUAAACAUAAUACCUAGCCCUAAAACUCACCACUUUGGUCCAUACCAUAAGGAAUACAGUAUUUCCAACCUCUUCUCUCACUACCUGACAACCCAAGAAAAUCAGAUACAUCCCUCCAUCUGUAUAGGUAUGUGCUUUUUCUAUUUCAGUGUCUUUGAUUAUGUUGUUCUUGCUGCCUGGUGCAUCCAUGUUCCUCAUUUCCUUGGAUCUGAAACCUACCUCUUUUGCAAGUCCUAGUUUAGAUACUUCAUCUAAAAUGAAACUUUCCACACUUCCACCAAGCACAAGUAAUUUUCUCUCCUCUUUGUUCCAGCUACCCUGGCAACACUCGAGGGCAUUUGGCAUGCCCUUCCUUGGGUUGCACCCAUUUAUAUGCUGCUUGCCUCUGUCCUCCUGGACUGCAAGCUCCUUGUGAGGGAAAUCGUGUCUGUUCCAUCGCUGGAUCCCUGUACGGUGCUCAGCAUGGCUCCUUGCACGUUGACAGUCAAUAAUUGUGUGUUGAAUUGAAUUGAAUGAGAGGGGGAAACUGAACUUUGUGCAAAUCUCUGGACCUUUCUCUCGGCCCAGGCUUGAGGGACUCAGCUUCUAUGACGGAAUCUGAUACAACGUGAGGUGAUGAGGGAGACAGAGCUGAUGCUUUCUGCACUUCUCCUGCUUGUAAUCUUCUGUAUUCUUCAGUAAUCGAUUGCUCCUGGUAGAAGGAUGCACUCUCGGGGUUUUAUAGAUUGAUUUUAUACAUUUUUAUGUAUAGAUUUUGUAAAAUUUUAAAAAUACUACCAAAGAGAAUCAAGCCAGACCAAGUUCAAACAUGAAAUUGCAGGGGAAAGAUGCAAACAUUCUGCAUUUUAUUUGAUUUAGGUUAAGAAACGCAUUGAUUUUUUCUCUCAGUUAUUGCAUAUGGUCUUGUUUUUUCAAUUACAAGAGUGUUCAUUCCUUUCUUUGCUUAUCCCCUGUGAGUCCAUAUGGUAAAAAACCAAGAGAAUGAAUUUGCACAUUGCCAUGUGUAUGAUAAAAUGGAAGUCACAAAAUGAACCUAAGUUUAUCAAUAGUGUUCACUUGUCGGGAUCAUUGACAUAUCUUAUGUAUUGAUUUUUCCCUCUAUAUUGUUUUAGAAAUAUUUAGUUACCAAGUUUCCUUUACAGUGUUAUUCAUGCAACUAGGUGAUACAAAAAUGCCUUUAAAUAUCCAGAUAAAAAACUGAACUUUAGCUGUGGAUUCACAUUGGACAGUCUGCUGCUGAAGAUUUGCCAUCAGUGAACCUCAAAAAUAUUACAGCGUGGGUAAUAAUCUCACCAGCUCUCCUGCUCUUGGUGCCUUCAGCCCUUCUCGCACAGAAUCCUGGACUCGAAUACAUUGUUCUGUCUGCCUCUUUCCUUGCUUCUCGGCAGCUAGUAAUUAACCCAAAGGACUCAGUCUUUCAGAAGGUUUUCACAACCCCAGUGAUCACACUGGAAUGCUUUAGAAUGAAAGGAACAUUUUGGCUGAUAUUCAAUUCGACAGACAUUUAUCGAGCAACUGCCGUGGGCUGGAAAUCCAGAGACGCCCAUCCACUCCUUGUUUUGUUUAAGUUUAGAGAGGGAUGAAGACACGCACCCAGCUCUCACACAGGUCAAACCAUGAUGAACAUGAACAGGGAGAGGAGAGCAGGUCAGGAUGGGAAGGAAAAGCACUAACACUUACUGCAGACCAUAUCCUCUCAGGAGUGGUAGCAAAACAUUCAACGGUCUCUACGGCCAGACACUCACCAGACAGAGCGGACAGUGGCCACAGCCUGCAGCAGAGUCCUGCAGAGCCAUACCCCUUGAGUUGCCAGAUCACAGGCAGGUCUGAGGGCUUUGGGUCGAGGGAGAGGAAGGCACUGGCAGGGGUAGGGGAUGCGGGGAAGCACAUGAAGGCAGCAGCUUUUACUACCUGUUUUCACAGUGUUUUGAUAUUUGGCAUACCCCUGAAAUGGCCAUCUUGGUGCACAGUGGCUGAGGAUCAAACAUGGCCACCCCGUGAGCUGAGUAUUAGUAAGAAGAAUUAUAAAAUGAGGAAGUCAUGUAUUCGGGAGGGGAUCAAGGUGCACAGCGAGUAGAAGAGAGGAUGGAGUUUAACCUGCGUCUCCCUCGUCCAUCCGUAAUAGUAACUAAUUCAUUCUGACAAAUCCAGAGAAGGAGGGGGAGGAGGAAGAUGCUUAUGAUGCACAGAGAAAGCGCCUGUGAGCUGGGCCUUUAAAGUCAAAAGAUAUUUUAUCAUCUCAUCUCCAAGAAUAUGUGAUGUCAGGUUAGUUUGUUCCACCCCCAGGAAGGAUCAUCUUAAUGCUCUUUCCUCACUAGCCUUCUCUCCCUUCCUUUCUUCCCACGCUUACCACUUUCCUCGGACAAAAGUUCUUAGUCUAGCGUUCAGGUGCAAGGGGGGCAUGAAUGAGCUUCGGGGACCCUAGAACCCAUUGCAGUUGUGUCUGCCAACAUGCUUUUCUUUUUUACCCUUUUUCCCAUUUUUUUCCCCAAAGUAUUUAAAGGCUGGUUAAGCAGCACUUAUAUUUCUCAAUUAUAAUUUGAUUUCAUUUAUUGUUUUAUUAAAUAGAAUAUUUACAUUCUCUUGGGAAUUGUGUAAAUAUGGAAUUUGGUCCUCAAAAGUUUUAGGAAGUUAAUUCAAGGAUAUUGCAUCCCAAUAUGCAUUUUUGUGGGAAGAUGAUCCUUAGUUUUCUUCUGGUUCUCAAGGCCUCUGUAUAACUCCAUUACAUUAAAGGAAACUAAAAAUGUUCCACAGGUGGAAAUUUUAAGUAUUAUGAUGUCAUAUAAUGUAACAUUCUGAAAAUCCAACAUAUCCGCAUGAAUUUCAAAGACCUGAAAAAGUGAGUACUCUUUCUUUGUCACUUACAUUUAUAUUACUGUCAAAUAAUGGCAUUUCGGCUUGCACAUACCAGUGAAUAUGCUAAGCAUCUUAGAGAAAUGAGAGACCUCAGAACUUAGGCACUCGACUUUGGCAGACAUGGCCGCAUGUUAGCCAUGGCCACAUGUUAGCCAUGGCUGACAUUUAGAGACCGCAGGUCAUACGGGCAGUGCCAGCACAUCAGUGCAGUGGUCAAGUUCAAGCUCAGGAUCCGACAGCUGGGGUUGUACUUUGGCUGUUGCUUCCCUGCUCUGUAGCUUCAGACAAGUUACUUAACCUCCAGGUGCCCACAUAUCCUCAUCUUGAACAUGAGGGUCCUAAUAGUUCCUAUUUUCUAUAGUUCUUGUGGAGAUUAAGUCGUUGAUGUAAAGUGGGCUGCUGGACCCUUGCACUAAGGCCACAGUGACAGAGGAUCCGAGAACCCAACGUUCUCCGAAAUGCCCCUCCUGUCCGCUCUCACCUCAUCUUUCUCCCUGGCCUAUUUGUCAUCACUUUUGUGCCAGGAUCCCCUGUGGCUGUCCUCUCAUCUUCAUCCAUGGCUUUCCCUGUCGCAUUGGUGGGGUUGGGACAGAUAGAAGGAAUGAAAACUGUGACAUGAUUCUGGAGGCUUGUCCUGUUUUAAUGUAGCAAAUAAAAAUACCUCAAGAUUCCAGAACUACUCAUUUGAUCGAGUAAAACUCAAGACAAAAGGAAGCAGCUCCUCUAUUUUAUGCUUUACCCAACAAAGCUUGUAUUCUUUGUUCCCUAAGACAUUUCUAAAGUACAAUUUACACUUGUGGCCAUGUCAGUGAAACCAUCCAUCAACAAACACUGCUUGAGAGCUCAAUGUACAUAAAACAUAAAGGGAGAUAAAAAGUAAUUGAUUUGUUAAAACUAAACACACAGGAUGCAAUGAUUAGCAAAGAUUCGGUGAGUAUUGUCAUGCAUUCCUAUUUAACUGAAAUCUCGUGUACCUUUUCUUGUGUUUAGAGUUUUAUAAAAGAUGAAUGGACAUGGCGGCCCAUCUUGAGAAAGCCACGGCAAACUCAGUUAAGAAACAUCGCUCUAACACUUCUGAACCUUCUCUUCCAGCAAGUGUAAUCCCCAACAGCAUCUCCUUUAAUACUGAUGGUUCCAUCCAAUAUAAAGAAAAGCCAUAUUCCUCUGCCUCUGAAGCUCUAGACGCUUACAUUGACGAUUUUCAUUUAAACUGUGAGCUUGCUGAUAUUAAUGAUGCAAAGGUUAGCCUGGAUCAGAGCCCUCUUGAAGUUCUUGCUAAACUAAACAGUGAUGAGAGUCCCUACACUAAAUCCGCCAGCCAGACAAAGCCGCCUGAUGGAGCGUUGGCUGUGAGGAGACAGAGCAUCCCAGAGGAAUUCAAGGGCUCCACUGUGGUUGAGCUGAUGAAGAAGGAAGGCACGACCCUCGGGCUGACUGUCUCGGGCGGAAUCGAUAAGGAUGGCAAGCCUCGAGUAUCGAAUCUGCGGCAAGGAGGAAUUGCCGCCAGAAGUGAUCAGCUGGAUGUGGGGGACUACAUCAAAGCAGUGAAUGGGAUCAAUCUGGCCAAAUUCCGCCAUGACGAGAUCAUCAGCCUCCUGAAGAAUGUUGGAGAAAGAGUGGUUCUUGAAGUCGAGUAUGAGCUGCCUCCUGUCUCUGUUCAAGGAUCGAGUGUUAUAUUCCGGACAGUGGAGGUCACAUUACAUAAAGAAGGCAAUACUUUUGGCUUUGUGAUACGAGGGGGAGCGCAUGAUGACAGAAAUAAAUCUCGUCCGGUUGUGAUCACGUGUGUUCGUCCGGGAGGGCCUGCGGACAGAGAGGGCACCAUCAAACCUGGCGAUAGGUUGCUCAGUGUGGACGGAAUUCGGCUUCUUGGAACCACGCAUGCCGAAGCCAUGAGUAUUCUUAAACAGUGUGGACAAGAAGCAACGCUUCUGAUAGAAUAUGAUGUCUCAGUCAUGGAUUCUGUGGCUACAGCAUCCGGGCCACUACUAGUGGAAGUUGCCAAAACUCCUGGUGCCAGCCUUGGGGUUGCCCUCACUACCUCGAUGUGCUGUAACAAACAGGUCAUCGUCAUAGACAAAAUCAAAUCUGCCAGUAUCGCGGACAGAUGCGGGGCGCUGCACGUGGGAGACCACAUCCUGUCGAUCGACGGGACCAGCAUGGAGUACUGCACGCUGGCGGAGGCAACCCAGUUCCUGGCAAACACCACCGACCAGGUCAAGCUGGAGAUUCUUCCCCAUCAUCAGACCCGCCUGGCCCUGAAGGGCCCUGACCACGUGAAAAUUCAGAGGAGCGACAGGCAACUUACGUGGGACUCCUGGGCCAGCAGCCACUGCAGCCUUCACGCCUGCCAUCACUAUAACACGUUCCACCCUGCCCGUGGCAGUGUGCCAGCCCUGCCGCUCCCGCCAGCGCCUCCUCCAAACAGCCCUCCAGCUUUGGUGUCUUCAUCCUUCUCUCCUACCUCCAUGAGUGCAUACAGCCUGAGUUCCCUGAACAUGGGAACUUUACCUCGAAGCCUCUACUCCACUAGCCCACGUGGAACCAUGAUGAGGAGGAAGCUGAAAAAGAAAGACUUCAAAAGCUCACUGUCUUUAGCCUCUAGCACGGUGGGCCUGGCUGGGCAGGUUGUUCACACAGAAACCACAGAGGUCGUGCUGACAGCAGACCCUGUCACAGGAUUUGGGAUCCAACUGCAGGGCAGUGUGUUCGCCACAGAGACACUCUCUUCCCCGCCUCUGAUUUCCUAUAUCGAAGCUGACAGCCCGGCGGAGAGAUGUGGGGUGCUACAGAUUGGAGACAGAGUGAUGGCCAUUAAUGGAAUUCCAACUGAAGACAGCACCUUCGAGGAAGCCAAUCAGCUCCUCCGAGACUCUUCCAUCACGAGCAAGGUCACUCUGGAAAUCGAGUUUGAUGUUGCAGAGUCUGUCAUCCCAAGUAGUGGAACGUUUCACGUAAAGCUCCCUAAGAAGCACAAUGUGGAACUUGGAAUAACCAUAAGUUCACCAUCCAGUAGAAAACCAGGAGACCCCCUCGUCAUAUCAGAUAUCAAGAAAGGCAGUGUGGCGCACAGAACUGGAACCCUGGAACUUGGGGAUAAGUUACUUGCAAUAGACAACAUCCGGCUGGACAACUGUUCCAUGGAAGAUGCGGUUCAGAUCCUCCAGCAGUGCGAGGACCUGGUGAAGCUCAAGAUCCGCAAAGAUGAAGAUAAUUCAGAUGAGCAAGAAAGUUCUGGAGCAAUUAUUUACACCGUGGAGCUUAAGCGCUACGGGGGACCCCUUGGCAUCACAAUUUCAGGAACUGAAGAGCCGUUUGAUCCUAUAAUCAUUUCCAGCCUCACUAAAGGGGGAUUAGCUGAAAGAACUGGCGCAAUCCACAUAGGAGACCGAAUCCUAGCCAUCAACAGCAGCAGCUUGAAGGGGAAGCCCCUGAGUGAAGCCAUCCAUUUGUUACAGAUGGCGGGAGAGACUGUCACCUUGAAAAUUAAGAAACAGACAGAUGCUCAGUCAGCAUCAAGUCCCAAGAAAUUCCCCAUUCCCAGCCACUUGAGUGACCUGGGAGAUGUGGAGGAGGACCCCUCUCCAGCACAGAAGCCAGGCAAGCUCGCCGACAUGUACUCCUCCACUGUGCCCAGUGUGGACAGUGCUGUGGACUCAUGGGAUGGCUCUGGAAUUGAUGCCAGCUAUGGCAAUCAAGGCACCGGCUUUCAGGCCUCAGGAUACAAUUUCAACACCUACGAGUGGAGGGGUUCAAAACAGAGAGGCAGCUUGUCCCCAGUCACUAAGCCGCGGAGCCAGACUUACCCAGAUGUGGGGCUGAGCAGCGAAGAGUGGGACCGGUCCACGGUCAGCGGUUUUACAGGGGCUCCCGACGGCACCGAGGCCGAGCAAGAGGAGAACUUCUGGUCUCAAGCUCUGGAGGACUUAGAAACCUGCGGGCAGUCGGGAAUUCUGCGCGAACUCGAGGAGAAAGCUGACAGGCGUGUGUCUUUGAGAAACAUGACACUCUUGGCAACAAUCAUGUCGGGGAGCACGGUGAGUUUGAAUCACGAGGCCCCAACACCCCGCAGUCAGCUGGGGCGGCAGGCCAGCUUCCAGGAACGCAGCACCUCGCGGCCGCACUAUAGCCAGACAACUCGGAGCAACACCCUGCCCUCCGAGGUGGGCAGGAAGUCCGUGCCCCUGAGAAAAAUGAAACAGGAAAUAAAGGAGAUGAUGUCCCCAACUCCGGUGGAGCUGCACAAGGUGACCUUGUACAAGGGCUCUGACAUGGAGGACUUUGGGUUCAGUGUAGCAGAUGGCUUGCUGGAGAAAGGAGUAUAUGUCAAAAAUAUUCGCCCAGCUGGGCCAGGAGAUCUUGGUGGCUUAAAGCCCUAUGACAGGCUCUUACAGGUUAAUCACGUCCGAACAAGAGACUUCGACUGUUGCCUCGUAGUACCCCUCAUAGCAGAAUCGGGCAACAAGCUGGACCUGGUUAUCAGCAGAAACCCCCUGGCUUCACAGAAAUCUGGAGAACAGACUCUACCAGGAGGGGAAUGGAGUGACCAGAACAGUGCUUUUUUCCAGCAGCCUAGCCAUGGCGGUAAUUUGGAGAUACGAGAACCCACUAACACGUUAUAGCAAUGCUUUUUAUAAAGCAGGACAAAGACAAUAUCUACAUGGUGCUAAAACAUCCCUCUCGGAUUCUGUGACGUCUGAAGCACAGAUAAUCACGUGGCAUUAACUGCAAGCACAGGGGUCUUUUAAAUCUCUCACGGCUCGUGUUCACUUCCCUUUCCAGGUUGAGGAGGUUUCUGUUUUGGUGACCACUAAGGUAUGUGGCAGGCAACUCCCUGCCAGCCCCAACGGGAGAGAAAAAUAAAAAUAGGUAGGACGCCCCUCCCCACAAUUAACAUCAGAGGAAAUUUUUUACAAGUUCAUCUUCCUAUCACUUUUUAAAAAGAGAAACGUCUGUUUGAAAAUAUUCUCUACGAUCAUUUCCUUAAUUCACUUUGCAGUUUCUUACUAUGAAGCCGUUCAUGUAAGAACUUGACCAACAAGUCUUUUGACAAAGCUGGCUGUACUACAGGAACUAGGGUUUGCUAAGCUGCCGGGGCCGCUGCUGUGGGAGGGGUUCAGCUAGAGAAUUGUUACCUUAAAAUGUUUCAGCGACGAUGCACGUAGGAGACCAUAAUAGGUGGUGGUAAUGUUUGCCCAAGUAUAGGAAUGAUUUUAACCACGAUGUAUGCUAUUCCCUAUGCAACAAAUAUCAAACAGGAUAUGUCUUGUGACCUGUUUUUUUUUUUUUUAAGGACACAUUUUUAAUAGCUGAAAAUCUCUAAUAAUGAAUUAGAGUGUUUAGUAACACUGAGAAUUAGCUAUCUUAUUUUUAAAAUUCAAGACUAAGAAUUUAAGAGAGAAUGAAGAAUCUAUUAAAAUGAGAUUUAUCUUAAUGCUAGGCAAAUCAAACUCAUACUGCUUGACGUGUUUAUACUGACUGGUUAUACUGAGGGUGUACAGCACAUGUACUUAAAGAUGACACUGGAAUAUCUUUUGUUCUGAGCCAUGCCACUUACCGAAAUUGUAAAUACAUUCUUCACAAAAUGCAUUGCCAAUUAUUACCAUCCCUCAAAGCAAUAAAGUGAGACAGUUGCUUUUAAAGUUUGUCAGCAACUGUUUUCAUUUGUUCAGAUAUUUUGAAUAGUUACAAUAACUGUUAUUUGGUGAAUAUAAAAAAAAUAGAUCUGUAUAUUGAUUGUAGAAUCUCCAUACAGAAAUGAUUAUUUUCCAAACAUUUUCAUUUUGGUCAAUAAUUAAUUCAAACAACCGCUUAGGUAAAGCAUUUGAACACUGUGUCCUUUGUUUAGGGAAAAAGUUCACCUUUCUUUUUGUGCAAAGAAAAUAUAUUAUUUCAAGCAUAUUUCAGAACCGCCAGGGCAAGAAGGUAUAAAGCAGAAUCAUGUGAAGAAAAAAGGAUCAUGAGUCACUCAAAUAUGUAUUUUUAUUUGUAACAAGUAUUAAGCUGUAAAGUAUUUUUGUACAAAUUUAAUACUUUAAUAGCAUGAUAUUUAUCGUCUAUGUAUGGUUUUGGGGAAUUCAAAAUUGUUGCAAAUAUUUGUAUGGAAAAAAAACCCUCUACCAAAUGGAAUAAACAGUGAUUUUAAAAAGCCCCCCCAAAAAACGGCACGCAUGUUUUUGGUGCUUUGAAUACAUUUUAGUGCUCCAGAGGGAGUCGUACACAAUGCUUGUUGUUACCUAAUUUUCUAAAGGGGAAGGUUUUGUCAUAAGCUUGAAAAGGAGGACAGGAGAGUGGGCAGAGCAUGGGUUCUGAAAUCGGAUCUGGGUUUGAAUUCCAGCUCUGGGACUCACUGGUGGGGUAAACUCACUUCCCGGGGGUCAGUUUCCCCACCUGUGACACUGAAGGGUCCAUUUGCACUCCGGCACUGCUGUGAGGAUGGGGUGUGACAUGCAGGUGAAAGUGUGGAAACAGCCUGCAGACGGGAACACCCCAACACUAGCGGUAGGUUUAUUCUAGGUGACAAGGAUAGAUCCUAACUGAAGGAUCACACAUCUCCCCUCAGAGAACAUUACAUGCAUUCUAUGAAAUACAUUUACAUCAACUAUUAAAGUGUACAAAUUCUAAUUAUGCUAUCUUAAAAAAAAACUACACCCAUAGUCCCAACAUUUUCAUUUUUGCAGGUUACCCUGUAAGCCUUUUUAAAUUCACAGGAACAAGGCAAGGAUGUGCAUUCUUGCCACUUCUAUUUAACAGGGACCUAGAGGUUUCAGCCAGGGCAGUAAGACAAGAACACGAAAUAAAAGGCAUCCCGAUUGGAAAGGAAGAAGUAAACUAUCUUUAUUUGCAGAUGAUAUAAUCUUAUAUGUAAAAAAUCCUAAGGAAUCCACUACGAAUGUAUUAAAACUAAUAAAUGACUUUAACAAGGUUGCAAGAUAAGAUCAAUACACAAAAAUCAAUUGUAUUUCUAUACAGUAACAAUAAACAAGCCAAAAA